AUGGUAUCGGAACCAAUCAACCUCAUUAGGGGUUGGCCUAGUACAUCGCUGCUCCCUACCCAGCACCUGAGCAGAGCAGCCCAAGCAGCACUAGCCGACCCAACUGUCGCUUUUCCCGGCAUGCUGUAUGGGCCCGAUGAGGGCUAUGCCCCUCUGAGAGAUACUCUUGGAGACUGGCUUACGGCGUUCUAUCAACCAGAGCAGCCAAUUGUGAGAGAGAGGAUAACAAUCACAGGCGGAGCAUCUCAGAACUUGGGCUGUCUUCUUCAGGUCUUCACCGACCCAGUCUACACCAAAGACGUCAUUUUUGCUGCACCAGCAUACAUGCUAGCUUUCAGGAUCUUCGAAGACAAUGCUUUCUCGGGCAAGAUGAGAGCGGUGCCUGAAGACGACGAUGGCCUGGACACUGUUCGCCUGCGCAAAGUACUAGAAGAAAGCGAGAAGUGCUGUCCCCGACACGAGGCUACCACGUACAAACCCUCGAGACCUUACGCAAAGUACUACCGCCACGUCAUCUACUGCGUACCUACCUUCUCCAACCCUUCUUCUCGCACCAUGCCUUUACACCGCAGGAUCGAGCUCGUAAAGCUAGCUCGGGAGUUCGAUGCCUUGAUUGUCUCGGACGACGUCUAUGACUUCUUACAAUGGCCCGCAGACUCUAGUAAGCCCUCUAGUCUCACGAAGGCUCUUUUUCCUCGUCUAGUCGAUAUCGACCGCUUCUUGGACGGAGGAUCCGACCGGGCUGGAGCCGAUGGUUUCGGUAAUGCGACUAGCAGUGGAAGCUUCAGCAAGAUCUGUGGACCGGGUAUACGCGUUGGCUGGGCCGAGGGAUCGGCCAAGUUCGCACAUGGUGUUUCGCAAGCUGGCACCUCUUGCAGUGGAGGAGCCCCGUCCCAACUCACGUCCACCUACAUGGACAUCUUGGUCAAGGAGGGGACACUGUCCAGACACAUCUUCGAGACCUUGCAACCAGCGUACGCUGCGCGUCACAAGACACUGGUCUCCGCUAUCGAGGACUACCUUUGGCCCCUUGGAGUCACGCUGCCGCAGUCCAAUCGGCGUGUGAUGGGAGGCUACUUUUUGUGGAUGACAUUACCUGAUACGGUCAAGGCGGUAGAUUUUGCGAAGAGAUGCCAGGAAGAAGCCCAAGUCAUCGUUGCACCAGGAAACAUCUUCGAAGUUCCUGGCGACAACAGCGUCAAGUUUGAGCAUUCGAUAAGAUUGACCUUCAGCUGGAUCGAUGAGGACAUCAUGGUUGAAGCCGUAAAGAGGAUUAGAGCUGUUCUCGAAAGCUGCCUAAACGGCGAACGUCCCGUGGAAGCUUGCAAGCAGGCCGAAACUGUACAAAAUCCAUAUUGA